CUUUCCUCUUUCUGUAUGGAUUUCCUUCCUCUUUCUGGCCGGAUCCGUCCGGUUUCUUUUCAGAUUAAUACUCCGAAAGACCCGGAUUCGGAGCCCGACUUCAGAAAAAUAAGCUAGGGACUGAUGCGUUACCGGACACCAAGGAUUUGGUUUACCUGACUAUUGGGGGGUUUUAAAAAAUUAAAUGUAUCGUUAUCCUCAUAAGGUAUACCAAAAUUGUCAUGAACAGCCAUUACGUCAAAAAUUAUUUUUAGGCUCUCACAGAGAUUCGCGAUUUGCGGGCUAAAAUAGAUUCAAAUCUUAAAGCAUCGGAUACAAAAAAUGAGGAAUUGACUCAAUUAAAAGCUAAAAUGGAGCAAGAUGGACUUGAACGGGAAUUUUUUGAAUCUCAGGCCAAAACACUUCAAGAAAGUAUACAAAUAAAAGGACAAAAAUUGAUUGAAUGUCAAACAAAAAUUGAACAAUUAGAAUCUCAACUGGAAGAACUUGAAGAUGUUUUGGGUAAAUUCAAGGUGGAAUCAGCAGAAAAAUUGAAACUUGGGGAAGAGGAUAAAUUAAAAAUGGGAAAUGAAUUUUUAGAUUGUAUAACUUCUUUUGCAUUGAAUUUAAUGGAACAAACUAGUGAGGAUUCUCAAAAUGCUACUUCUAUUUCUUAUCCACCACGUUAGUUUUUUUUUUGAAUUAUUUUUAUCCGUUCCAUCCUCACACAAGAGUUAGGUUGGAAGUCUAAUUCAAGAUUUUCUCGGUUUUCAAUACCUUCAUCAUUGUUGCUACCACUACCGGCGUCUUUGAUAUUUUUGGGGUCAAAUGCUUUUCAUUUCUAAAUUUUUUUAAGAGGAGGCAAUAGGGUUCCUUCGAAAAUUUGUCUGAUUUUUUUUUCAAUUUUUGAGGGAGAGAAGAGAAGUGGUAGUGCGAAACUUGCGGACCGACUUUUGCGGACCUGGGGUUUAUGUUUUUGUUU